CACCUAACUCAGCCCCAAAUAAUGUGCAGAAUCACUCCCACAACCCUGCUGUGUGAUCAACGCUGUCUAGAGUCACCUGAUACAAGGAAACUAUCUCUUUGAUUUUUUUUUUGCAUAGAGACAUUGUGCCAGUUCUCAGGGAUCACCCAUUCAGUCCCAAUGGCCUUUCAGGAUCUCCUAGAUCAAAUUGGUGGCCAGGGGAGAUUCCAGAUCCUUCAGACAGCUUUCUUUGUAAUCUUAACCAUUGUAACUUAUCCUCAGUUUCAGUUGGAGAACUUCACUGCAGCCAUCCCUGGGCAUCGCUGCUGGGUCCCUCUCCUGGACAACCACACUAUCUCUGACAAUGACACUGGACUCCUCAACAAAGAUGCCCUUCUAAGAGUCUUCAUCCCACUGGACGCGAACCUGAGGCCAGAGAAGUGCCGUCGCUUCAUCCGUCCCCAGUGGCAGCUCCUUCAUCUGAACGGGACCUUCCCCAAUAUAAGUGAGUCAGACACAGAGCCCUGUGUGGAUGGCUGGGUGUACGAUCAGAGCUCCUUCCACUCCACCAUCGUGACUAAAUGGGACCUGGUAUGCACAUCUCAAUCACUGAAUUCAGUGAUUAGAUUCAUAGUCAUGACUGGAAUGCUAGUGGGAGGCAUCCUAUGUGGCCAUUUAACAGACAGGUUUGGGAGGAAGUUUAUGCUGAGGUUCUGUGUCCUCCUGCUGGCGAUCGCUAGUACCUGCACAGCCUUUUCUCCCAGCUUCCUCAUUUACUGCUCACUUCGCUUCUUUGUUGGGUUAUCUACCUCAGCCAUCUUAUCGAAUAAUAUAAUUCUCAUUUUAGAAUGGACAUUGCCCAAGUUCCAAGCACUGGGAACUACACUGAUAAUCAGUGCUGGUUGUAUUGGACAGAUAGCACUGGGAAGCCUGGCUUUUGCCAUUCGAGACUGGCACGUCCUCCAGCUGGUGUUUUCUGUGCCAUUUUUUGUUUUCUUUCUGUGCUCAAGGUGGCUGGCAGAGUCUGCCCGGUGGCUGAUCAUCACCAACAAAGCAGAGAAGGGCCUGAAGGAGCUCAGGAAAGCUGCACACAGGAAUGGGAUGAAGAAUGUGGAAGACACCUUAACUAUAGAGGUUGUGAGAUCCACCAUGAAGGAGGAGCUGCUGGACGCACAGAGAAAGCCUUCCCUGUGCGACUCGUUCCACACACCCGUCCUGCGGAAACGGAUCCUGCUCUUGUCCCUUGUGAGACUUUCAAAUAUCAUGGUCGUUAUUGGCCUGAACAUCCACCUACAGCAUUUUGGGAGCAGUGUUUACCUUUUGCAAGGCCUCUUCGGAGUAGUCAACCUCCUGGGUAAUUUUGUGGCACUGUUGGCACUGAAUCACAUAGGCCGUCGGGGAAGUCAGGCAUUGUUCUCGUUCGUACUGGGAAUCUCCAUUCUGUCCCUCACAUUUGUGCCUCAAGAAAUGGAGACCCUGCGUGUGACUUUGUCAGUUUUCGGAGGAGGACUUUCUAGUGCAGCUAUGAGCAGUUGUGUUACCCAUGGAAAUGAACUUCUCCCCACAGCAAUCAGGGCAACAGCUUCAGGAAUCAUUACCAUCGCUGGUAGCACUGGGGCUGCCCUGGCUCCCUUGGUAAUGAUCCUGAGGAUUUAUUAUGCACCCUUACCCUGGAUCAUCUACGGAGCUAUGUCCAUCCUCUCCGGCCUUGUUGUCCUCCUCCUCCCUGAGACCAGGAACCAGCCUCUGCCUGACUCCAUCCAGGAUGUGGAAGAUGAGAGAAAAGCCUCAAGAAAAGCAAAGCAGGACGAAACCUUCAUCAAAGUGACACAGUUUUAAUGAAUCCCGGGAGCUGACUGCUGAUCAAAAUGCAAGAAAAAGGAAAAUAGUCAGAGUCAUUCCUUCGUACUAAUAAACUUGGAAAGUAAAUAAAUAGAUAUGACAGAAAAAAUGGAUCCCACUUAGAAAUGUGGUACUAAAUUACUGUAUAUAAAAAUGCAUGAUUAAACACAGUAUGAAGUAUGAAGAAAAUCAUACUUUAAAAGGAAUCAUGACAGAAUGUGUAAGUGUAAAUACUUAGCAUAUUUUUGGAUAGGAAAGUAGGGUAGAUUUAAAGCAAUGAUUCUCUCCCAGUUCAUUAACAUAAUAAUUGAUACAGUAAUUCUAAUGUGGAUACCAACAGUUUCAAAACAACUUGAAGAAAAUAAUAGUUCCAAAUUUACAUGGAAUAAAUAAUUAACAAGAUUUAGGAAAAUGAAUUUCAUGGACUAAGGACAGGGCAGGCUGGCAUAAGCUGGAGUAAGAAGUGGUUAUUUUGUCAUCAUAAAUUACCAGUCUCAACACAGGAGUCUGUAGUUCAGUAUGAGGAACUUCAAAGAACUUGUGGUGAAAUGGAAUUAAAAGAUAAGUUUUGUUUGAUGCAUAAAAUUUUGAAAUCUGUGCAUGGUUUAUACAUAUUAUACACUUUUCUGGGACUUUCUGAAGAUUCCUCCUGUUGUGGAUUUUAUCAACAGGCUGUUUGUGUGUCCUUAUCAUACAAAUAACACAAUUUGGUGAGGCUUUAAAUGAGAAAUCAUUAGGCAUUCACCUUGCAUCUCAAUUUGGCUGCUUUAGCCUUUUUUUCUCCUAACAUUAACAAAUCUUGGCCCACCCUCAGCCAGGCAGAAAAACCUGACUCUGGUGGGGAGAAAUAACAGGAGGUUAAGACCUAGUGAAUGUGUGGAGCUUAUGAACUAGGAAUGUGGGAAAAAAAAAAAACUGAGCAUGUGUGGGAGAACUCAUGGUGUGCCUGAGACAUACUCUCGGUGGGAGGGAGACGCCACAAUCUUAGUAGCCUUGGCAACCUGGUGGAAGACACUGCAGAGGAAUCCGCGUUUACACUGAAGACUGCGAAGAUCCUUUGUGUGGUCCUUGGGACAGAGCAGAUGAAUAUUAUACUGACUGGGGCUAGCGAUCAGGCAAUAGCUCAGCUGAGUGGAAUUACUUCCCUUCUGAAUAAAGAGAGAGAGAGAGAGAGAGAGAGAGAGAGAGAGAGAGAGAAAUUUACCAGGCCAAACCUGGGUGUGUCAGUUUGGGACACCCUUAACCAUGAAGAACAGAACUAAACAGAGCUCUCUGGCCACACUCACCACAAGCCUCUAGAGAUUCACCAAAAGCAGACAGUCCACUUAAUCUAGAGUCAUAGUAUAAUGAGAAAAACCAUCACAACGAGAAAAAAAGAAGAAACCAAAGAAUAUCUCCACAAUGCCAAACAAAAAAACACAGAAUUAAGGAAACAAGAAAAAAGAAGACAUUAUAAUGCUCCCAAAUAAACAUGACACUCCAAUACAAGAUUAUGAAGAUGAUGAGAUAGAAGAAAUGCAGAUAUGGAUUUCAAAAACUUAUGGUAAGAAUAUUUAGAAGUUAUCAGAAACAAAUUCAUGAACUACAGAAAUCCAUACUGGACAGGAUAUAAAAUCUCUCUCGUGAAAAUGAAAUCUUAAGGAGGAAUCAAAAUGAAAUGAGGAAAUUAGUAGAACAUGAAAUUGUGAUAUUGAAAAGAAAUCAAAAUGAAAUGAAGAAUUCAAUGGAACAAAUGACAAAUGCAUUUGAGAGCCUUAAAAAACAGAAUCAGUAAGAUAGAAGAGAGAAUAUCAGACUUAGAAGACAAACCACAGGUCAGUAUAGAGUCAAACCAAAGAAAAGAAGAGGAAAUUAGAAAUUAAAAAAUAUUGUUGGGAAUCUACAGGAUACUAUUUAAAAAACCAACAUUCGGGUCCUAGGAGUUCCUGAAGGCAUGGAGAGAGAAAGGAUUAGAAGGCCUUUUAGUGAGACACUAGCAGAAAACUUCCCAGGUUUGGAGGACAGGAAGCACACAGAUCCCUGUUAAACAUAAGAGUGGGAAUAAGAGAGGGAAGAGAUGUACAAUUUGGGACAUGCUCAAGCUGACUUGCCCUAAAUGGUAGAGUUAGAAACAUACCAGGGGACUCCAAUUUAAUCCCAUCAAGGUGGCAUGUACCAAUGCCAUCUCACUAGUCCAAGUGAUCAAUUUCAGUUCAAAAUUGAUCAUAAUGAAAGGACUAAGAGUCAAAGGGAGCACAUAAACAAGUCUAGUACCUGCUAAUACUAACCGAUAGAAUAAAUAAAGGGGAGAGUGAUCCAACAUGGGAAGCGAGAUACUCAGCAGACUCAUAGAAUGGCAGAUGUCCUAAACAGCACUCUGGCCUCAGUAUCAGCCCUAAAGGCAUUCCUAUCUGGCUGAAAAGCCCAUGAGAGUAUUUCAGGCAUGGAAAGCCAAGACACUAAGGCAAAAAAAAAAAAACCUAAAUGAAAGAUCUCUGUGAGUGAGAUCCCAGUGGAAAGAACAGGUCUUCAAAGAAGGAGGUACCUUUCUCUGAAGGGAGGAGAGAACUUCCACUUUGACUAUGACCUUGUCUAAACAAGAUAAGAGUCGGAGAACUCAAGGGGUUUCCAUAGCCUUGGAAACUCAUGACUGGUGCAUAGGGAGAUUACCGAUGCCAUAAACAGGAGUGUCAAUUUGUAAAGUCAACAACAGGAGUCACUGUGCACUUACUCCUCAUGUAGGAUCUCUGUCCUUAAUGUGCUGUACAUUGAGAUUUAAUGCUAUAACAAGUACUCAAACAGUAUAUUUCACUUUGUGUUUCUAUGGGGGUGCAAACUGUUGAAAUCUUUACUUAAUGUAUACUAAACUGAUCUUCUGUUAAAAAAAAAAAGAAGAAGAAAUUAGCAAUUCCCAACUUGACUCUCACUGGGAUUAAACAUGACAAUAGGUCUGAUCUGAUUUCAUCAUCAUUUAAAAAAAAUCAUCUAUUAUUUUUCACUUUAUGUUUCUGUGUGGGAGCAAACUGUUGAAAUCCUUACUUAAUGUAUACUAAGCUGAUCUUCUGU